AUUCUCCCGCAUAUUUCUUGCGUUGGUUCUAUGUAGCCAUCGGCAUCGGCAUCAGUACGACUUUUGUUCAUCACCUCAUCAGUAGAAUCUCAAGUCUAUCGAUAGUUGUCCCCACGUCCUGAUCUUCCUUUCCCUCAUCUAGUUGAUGAGUUCAGAAAUACUCCAUUCAUUCCACGUGCAGUACAUACACAGAUAUCACAAUCAUCUGAUCCACAUAAAAUAGUUUCUCCCAUAUCAUGCAUGUCGAGUUGCUGAAUUCUCAAACAUUCAAGACCCUCAAAGCUAUAAUCCAUUAUCUCCGCCUGUUUUCUUCCUCCAAGAACUCAAGAAGUCUAUAUAGAGAAGCAUAUGGCGGAUGCUCAUUGGCUGGUUCUUUAUGUCACAGUAAUUAUGGUGAGUAGUGCACGGGAUGCGAAUGGUGCUUUACCAGCUGCGACCCUAAAAGCGAUAGCAGAAGCUAACGCGAACGGCCCUUACAUCGGCAUCGUGAUUCCUAACCUUUUCGAGAUGGAUCCGCUUCUUAAUUCGUCGAGCUACAAUGCUACUGAAAUCAUAGAUUUCGCAGGAAGAAGAUUUCGAUUCGGGACAGUCGAAGAGAGGAAAGUCAUACUGGUCAUGACAGGAUUGAGCGUGAUAAACGCAGCCAUCACUACACAGCUUCUGUUGAGCUUCUUCGAUGUAGAGGGAGUAAUUCAUUAUGGAAUAGCUGGGAAUGCAAACCCUGCUUUGAACAUCGGAGACGUCGCUAUUCCCCAAUAUUGGGCACAUACUGGUCUUUGGAAUUGGCAGAGAUAUGGGCAGGGUCCAGAAGAUGAGCUUGCAUUGGAAUCAAACGGAGACUACACGAGAAAGAUUGGGUACUUGAAGUUCGCAAACUACACCACAAACGUGACGGGUUGCGAUUCAUACGACAAUCUCUUGAACAACAUAUGGUAUCAACCAGAGGAAGUGUUUCCAGUUACCGGAACUCCUGAGGAAAGACAGCAUGAGUUCUGGAUUCCUGUCGAUUCCACCUAUUUUGCAGUGGCCAAGAAGCUUGAGGGCUUGAAAUUGGAAGCUUGCGUGAAUGCGACCACAUGCUUAAACUAUACGCCGACAGUAAGCACUGUUGAAAGAGGCAUCAGUGCCGCCAUCUACCUUGACAAUGCUGCUUAUCGAACCUUCAUCUAUGGCGAGUUUAACGUGAGCCCCGUGGACAUGGAAAGCGCGUCGGUCGCCCUAAUUUGCUACCAACAGAAUACGUCUUUCAUCGCCAUCAGGGCGCUCUCCGACUUGGCUGGCGGCGGUUCUGCUGAGUCGAACGAGGCCAACACUUUCAGCAACCUUGCUGCGGGCAACACGGUCGUGGUCGUGGUGGAGUUUAUAAAGCAGCUUUCCUUCAGCAUGUUCUAGUGGCAAGAUUGACAACCUAAUAUAAUCUCCUAUACUCAAUAAUAAAGCAAUGAUCGACUGCGUAUGUAUCUAUUUGUGUAGCAACAUGAACCCUCAUGAGCCUUGGACUUCGGCAUAGCUUGGGAAGAAAUUUCAGCAGUGGCCGACUGCCUGAAUUUUUCACAUUUCCUUACUUGAAAUCCUCUCAUAGUUAUAAAAGAUCAAAAGGGUUUGGUGAUUCGAA